CCCCAAACCCGGCGCGCUUGUCAAAAUGUAUUGUGAAGAGAAUCGAAGAUUUUUUUUAACCUGAGAUUUUAUUUAGAAAUACGGCUUUAGUCGUUUGUUUUUAUUAGUGUGGUUUUCAAGAAAAAGUGAUUUUCGAAGAACUUUUAGACACUUCUUACGAUUUAACUUGCGUUAUCACACUUUACGUAACAUGUCAGCAAUGCGAUUUCAUUCUAUUGCUGGGGCUGCCGCACGAAGAAUUCUAGUUCCUGUACCAAGAAAUCCCGGUAUACGAAAAUUUGCAACAGGAGCUCGUCAAAAUAAAACACCGGGAACUAUAAGUUUAGCGUUGAAAGGCGUGUUGGUCGGAGCAGUAGUCGGUACUGGUUGGUCCGGUUAUAAUUUCUUCAAAGGGAGUGGUCCUACAGACCACAUGCUGCACGAGCAUGUCUCCCCUGUAGUACUGGAAAAGCUGCCAGAUGUAAAAAUAGUUCGCAAAAUAGUUAAUGAAAGCGACGAUUCCGGAUUGGAACUAUUUUUAUUUCAAUUCCAAACUUGUCCCUUUUGCUGUAAGGUGCGGGCAUUUUUAGACUAUAGCGGAUUAUCUUAUUCCAUUGUCGAAGUAGAUGCUGUUCUGCGCCAAGACAUUAAAUGGUCUAAAUCCAAAAAAGUACCAAUUCUUUUAGUAAAAUCCAAAACCGGAAAAUACAUUCAACUAUCGGAUUCCAGCAUGAUUGUAUCAGCACUUUAUAGUUACCUUCGCGAUAGAGAAUGUGACAUCGAACAGCUUGUACAAUAUUAUCCAUCGAUAUCUUACGAAAACGACUCGGGUCGAAAGGUAUUCGAAAUAAUGAAUAGGUACUUUUUAAUGUCUAAACAUCACACUGGGAAAACAUCACUAAACGAGAUACAAGAGGAGGAACGCAAAUGGCGUGUUUGGGCCGAUGAUCAUCUAGUGCAUUUGAUUUCUCCUAACGUUUACUGCAGCUUUAAUGAAGCCUUGGAAACAUUCAACUGGUUUUCUGAUGUCGGAGAGUGGAAUAUACACUUUCCUAAAUGGGAAAGGGAUCUCAUGGUUUAUGUAGGUGCCAUUGCCAUGUGGGCAAUCGCCAAACGGCUAAAGAAGCGUCAUCAGUUAAAUGAUGAUGUACGAUCGUAUAUUUACGACGCCUGUGAUCAAUGGAUUACAGAGAUAGAGAAAAAGAAAACAAUAUUUCACGGUGGAGCAAACCCCAAUUUAGCUGAUUUGGCUGUGUUUGGGAUUUUAAAUAGUAUGGAAGGAUGUCAAACCUUCAAAGAUUGUUUAGAAAACACUAGAAUUGGUCCAUGGUUUUACUCAGUUAAGAAACAAAUUCUUGAAAACCGCGGAAAGGUUAUUUGACCGUAUUUAUACCUAUUUGAUGAAAUAAAAAAUGAUUCGUAAUUUGAUGCAAUAAAAAUUCUAUUUUUUAAACACGAGAUGUACGUAACUAGAAAGAAUAUAGCAAUACUUAUCAGUUCAAGACCAUUCUUGAAUAAUAAUACCCAUGUCUUAGCUUGUAAUAAAACCCAUGUCUUAUGGACCAUGUCCCAUGGAAUAAGACCCAUGUCUUAGCUUGUAAAUUAUCUAAUUUCCUAAUUAACUAAUUUCCCCUUAAAUUCAAACAAUUUAAAUGUUUGAUGAUGAUAUCACGGCAAACACUUGUUGAAGUUCUCUUGAUUUAGA